AUGUCAAGAAAACCAGACCAUAAUUCUAAUCUGUCUAAACUCCUAGCUGGCUGUGGCUCCCUGGACCCUCUGUGGGCGGCCAGCUGCUGGGUGCGGGGCGGGGAUGCGGGGCAGCCACCAGUGGGCGAGGCCUGCUCCUCCCUCCCCUCACCCAACAAACCCAAGUUCACCUGCCAUUUCAGCAUCUGGCGUCUGACAGCCUAUUUUUCGGAGUACCUGUCCAUCUGCUCUGAGGCCCCCUCGCAUGCCCCUCUCUCACAGCCCCCGAGCCCGGCGCAGUGCCUGCCCCGCGAGGGGCGCGAACCUCACCCAGGCGGGGGCAGCAGACAGGCUGAGGACAGCUGA